AUGUCUAUUGCGGCAUCGCCGAUGUCAUCGACUAGCUUUUCGAAAUCACUGUUGUUUGCCUCACCCACCGCUCAUCAAGCGUCGCGACAGGACCGCCAACAAUCCUACUCCCCUUCGUCGCUGACCUCCAUCCCAUCACACGUUCGCACGCAUUCCCUGCAGCGACAGGCAAGCACGUCAAGUACCUUUGCACCGAAAUUCAUCAAAUCUGAAGAACUACGGAAAAGCGAUGACAGGAUCUCUGCCAUUGAGGGUGAAAAUGACUUUUCGGGCCGGCGAUAUGUAUGGGUCAAAGAUCCAGAAAAGGCUUUUGUGCGAGGAUGGAUCACCCAAGACCUUCCGGGAGACAAGGUGCUUGUACAGUUUGAGUCUGGUGCUCAAGUCGAGGUCGACAUCGAGGAGGUGGAUAAGGUCAACCCCGCCAAAUUCGACAAGGCCGAUGAUAUGGCAGAGCUCACCCACCUGAACGAGGCUUCUGUCAUUCACAAUCUUCACACUCGCUACCAAGCUGAUCUCAUCUACACCUACUCGGGGUUGUUUUUGGUUACAGUGAAUCCUUACUGCCCAUUGCCUAUCUACGGAAAUGACUAUGUCAGAAUGUACAAAGGCCAGACUCGAGAGGACACUCGUCCUCAUAUAUUUGCUGUUUCAGAUGCGGCAUUUCGUCGCUUGGUCGAGGAGGGGGAAAACCAGAGUAUCCUAGUGACCGGAGAAUCUGGUGCAGGCAAAACCGAGAACACAAAGAAGGUUAUCCAAUAUCUCGCAGCCGUUGCGACCUCCGACUUCGACACGCCAUUGACGGGCAGGACACCUGGUAAACAACUCUCGAACCUGUCACAACAGAUUCUUCGGGCGAAUCCGAUCCUGGAAUCGUUCGGUAAUGCUCAGACCGUGCGGAAUAACAAUUCGUCAAGAUUCGGCAAAUUCAUUCGAAUCCAAUUCACACGAUCUGGCCAGAUCGCAGGCGCAUUCAUCGAUUGGUACCUCCUGGAGAAAUCCAGAGUCGUCAAAGUCAGCCCACAAGAACGAAGUUACCAUAUUUUCUAUCAACUUCUCGCUGGAGCCGAUCAGCGAAUGAGAGAUGCCCUGCUCAUCUCCGGCAUGGAUGUUGAGGAUUUUGCCUACACGAGAGCUGGAAAUGACACGAUCGGCGGUGUUUCCGACCGUGACGAGUGGAACACGUUGAUCGAAGCAUUUCAUAUCAUGAAUUUCUCGGAAAAGGAACAGAUGGCGGUCUUCAAGACAAUCGCUGCAGUCCUGCAUCUUGGAAAUGUCUCCGUCCGACAAGAAAGCAGAGGAGCGGACCAGGCUACACUGACUCCCGAAGCCCGAGCAUCUGUGGACAAGGCUUGUCGGCUGAUGGGCGUGCAGACAGAGCCUUUCAUCAAAGGCCUGUUGCAUCCCAAGGUCAAGGCUGGGCGGGAAUGGGUUGAGAAAGUGCAAACCCCCGACCAGGUACGCCUAGCGCUGGACGCCCUGGCCAAAGGGGUCUAUGAACGCGGCUUCGGGGACCUGGUAUCCAAAAUCAACACUCAACUCGACCGAGGCGGCGUCAGCAGCGAUGACAGCCACUUUAUCGGAGUGCUCGAUAUUGCUGGAUUCGAAAUCUUCGAAACCAAUAGCUUUGAGCAGCUCUGCAUCAACUAUACCAACGAAAAAUUGCAGCAGUUCUUCAACCACUACAUGUUUGUCUUGGAACAAGAGGAAUAUGCCCGAGAACAAAUUGAAUGGCAAUUCAUCGAUUUUGGGAAGGACCUUCAGCCAACCAUCGAUCUCAUCGAGCUUCCCAAUCCUAUCGGAAUAUUUUCCUGCCUGGACGAGGACUCGGUGAUGCCCAAGGCUACAGACAAAUCAUUUACAGACAAACUACAUUCGUUGUGGGAGAAGAAGACCCCUAAGUAUGCACCAGCUCGCACUCGGCAAGGAUUCAUCUUGACGCACUAUGCGGCAGAGGUCGAAUAUUCCACGGAGGGUUGGCUGGAGAAGAACAAAGACCCCCUGAACGACAACCUCACCCGACUGCUGUCGGGCUCCAAAGACGAACACAUCGCCACCCUUUUCGGGGAUUGUGUAGAUGAGGUUGAUGAGCCAUACAGCCCUCGAAGUCGCGUCAAGAAAGGGCUCUUCCGAACUGUCGCUCAAAGACACAAGGAACAAUUGAGCUGUUUAAUGCGGCAGCUACACUCAACGCAACCGCAUUUCGUUCGCUGCAUUCUCCCUAACCACAAGAAGAAGCCGAAACAGUUCAAUGCCCCAUUGGUGCUCGAUCAGCUGCGAUGCAACGGUGUCCUGGAGGGCAUUAGGAUCGCACGUACUGGCUUUCCCAAUCGAUUGACAUUUGCAGAAUUCAGAUCACGAUACGAAGUUCUAUGCGAGAACAUGCCUAGAGGCUAUCUCGGUGGCCAAGAAGCCGCAACCAUCAUGCUGAACUGCUUGAAGAUGGAUCCGUCAAACUAUCGCGUCGGCUUGACCAAGGUGUUCUUCCGGGCUGGGGUGCUUGCCGAUCUGGAGGAGCAACGCGACAGUCUCAUUCGGGACAUCAUGUCAAGAUUCCAAUCUAUCGCUCGUGGCUUCAUGCAGCGUCGCGUGGCCUUCAAGCAGCUAUAUCGCGCGGAAGCUACCAGAGUCAUCCAGCGCAAUCUUAAUGUGUACCUCGACCUGCAAGCCAACCCAUGGUGGCGUUUGUUCGUGCGGAUGAAGCCUCUGCUUGGAGCGACCAGAACUGCAAGUGAGGUCAAGAAGAGAGACGACAAGAUUGAACAGUUGCACACCAAGAUGAGACAAGAGGCGGCCGAGAAACACCGAUUGGAGGACGAGCGUAGACGUGCGGAAAUUGAGGUUCAGAGAAUCCAGCAGACACUCGAGGCCGAACGAGCGUUGGCUCUCGACAAAGAGGAAAUUUUUAAGAGAUUACAGUAUCGUGAAAGCGAGCUCACCGAAAAGUUGUCGGAGGCCUUGGCCGAGCAGGAGGCUCUUGAGGAUCAAUUGGAUGAAGCUAUGAACUCCAAGAAAAAGACUGAAGAAGAACUGGUCACUAGAAGAGAGCAAGUCCUUCAGGCUGGGCAGAUCAUAACUCGACUGGAGGCGGAGAAGAAAGAACUGCAACGACAACUGGACAAGCUGGAAGACGAGCUGGAAAAUGUGGAAAGAACCCACUCACAGAAUGACAACCGGUUGGAGAACAUCAGUCACGAGCUGCAAGCUCUGAAAAGCCAGCUGGGUGCUAAGGACCGGAAGAUUGCUGAAGUCGAGGCGAGUCUGCAGCAAGCUGAAAAGGACAGGGACAACCGGACUGCCAGCCUGGAACAAGAGAUUCGGUCUUUGAGAAGUCAGUUGUCGCAGAAAGACCGGAUGACGGAGGAUCUGGAACAGAAGCUGCAGAAAGUCGAGUCAGUUCGCGCAGAAGAGAAUAGGCGUCGGAUCGAGGACUUUGAAAGCCAGAUCCGAGCACUCCGGAGUGAGCUCAGCGGGAAAGACGGAAAAUUGCAGGCUCUCCAAGACACUCUCUCGAAGGUGGACCAGGCUGCGGAAAGCAAGUUGGAAAUGGCCAGUACCGAGCUCACUACCACCAAGAAACUGCUACGCGAGGUACAGGGGCAGAAUGAGGAGCUUCGCAACCAGGUCACCUCGAUGUCAAAGGCAUCUGCGAAACAUGAAGAGCAGCUCCGGCGCAAAGAAGCUGAGCUGGCGGCACUCAUGUCGGAUGUCGAACAGUUCGAGAGAGAGAAACUAGGGCUACGCGAGGAGAAUAACGCUCUAUCCGGACGACACGAAAGCAUGCAGGCCAAACAUAGAGAGUUGCAGGUCGACUUGGAGAGCUUGAGGGGGCAGCGAGCCAAGAUGGAGCGAGAAGCCGCCGAGGUCAAGCGCUACCUGGAGAAAGUGAUGCCCUUUUUCAGUCAGAACUUCUCCUGA